CACCACCUUACAGAUCCCCUCCCUAAUCUAAAAAGGUCUGUGUAACUGAGACCUUCCGGUGACCCUCCCUCCCUCUUCCCCUUCUCCUCCCCUCAAAUCAUGUCGAACACUCACUCCUCCGACACCCCUGCCGAGAAGCGGCCUUCUUCUCAGGACACCCAUACAUCACAAACAAAGUCAAAAUCAUCAAAGGCCAGGUUUUUCUCAAGGAAUAAAGACACAUCCGUCGUGGUCGAGAAGGAUCCAGAUGUUGCUCUCGAUGCCAACCCACCCUCGCAAUCCAUUCCGCCCGUUUCCUUUUUUUCGUUAUUCCGCUUCUCUAAUUCGUUCGAGAUUACAAUCGACAUCAUUGGCGUAGUUUCAGCGGCGGCAGCUGGUGCGGCUCAGCCUCUCAUGAGUCUGCUAUUCGGUAAUUUAACCCAAGAUUUUGUCAACUUCAGUGUUGCAGAGAGCAAUUAUACUUCAUUGUUACAAAGCGGCGAUCCCACUGCCAUUGCCCAAGCUCAACAGAUUCUCGACACCGCUGCUGCGGGAUUUCGCAAGAGUUCCGCUCUAGAUGCCUCGUACCUGACCUACAUUGGUGUCGGCAUGUUCGUGUCCACAUAUGCGUACAUGGCCAUUUGGGCUUACACCGGCGAGGUCAAUGCAAAAAGGAUACGAGAACAGUAUCUUAAGGCGGUCCUCCGCCAGGAUAUUGCUUACUUCGACGAUGUCGGAGCCGGAGAAGUUGCCACCCGCAUCCAAACUGAUACUCAUUUGGUACAGCAAGGCAUAUCCGAAAAAGUCCCUAUCGUCGUUAGUUUCAUUUUUGCAUUCCUCACGGGUUUCAUUCUCGCAUAUGCUCGAUCAUGGCGCCUUGCUUUGGCAUUGACGUCCAUUUUUCCAUGCAUCGGUAUCACUGGAGUUGUCAUGAACAGAUUCGUCUCCAAGUAUAUGCAACUGUCUCUCAACCACGUUGCCGAGGGAGGAACCCUUGCAGAGGAGGUCAUCUCCACUGUUAGAACCGCACAAGCUUUCGGAGCUCAGAAAUUCCUGUCAUCUUUGUAUGACAAGCACAUCGAUGGUUCUCGCAUUGCUGAUUCCAGUGGUGCCAUUUGGCACGGCGGAGGACUGGCCUCCUUCUUUUUUGUCAUUUAUGCCGCCUAUGCUCUUGCUUUUGACUUUGGCACUACCCUCAUUAAUGAGGGGCUCGCCAACGCCGGUGCAGUUGUAAACGUCUUCUUGGCUAUCUUAAUUGGUUCGUUCUCUUUGGCACUUCUUGCACCUGAGAUGCAAGCAAUCACUCACGGACGUGGUGCUGCCGCUAAGCUAUAUGCUACAAUCGAGCGUAUUCCCGCAAUCAACUCUGCCGACCCAGGAGGUUUAAAACCUGAAAAGGUCAUUGGCGAGAUCACGCUCGAGGACGUUAAAUUUAGCUACCCCUCCCGCCCCGACGUCCCUAUCCUGAAGGGUCUCAGCAUUAAUUUCCCUGCUGGCAAGACCGCCGCACUCGUGGGGGCAUCCGGUUCCGGAAAAUCAACCAUCGUCUCACUUAUCGAGCGUUUUUACGAUCCCUCGAGUGGCUCCGUCAAGCUUGACGGUGUCGAUUUGCGGGAUUUGAACAUAAAGUGGUUGCGAUCUCAGAUCGGUCUUGUUUCCCAGGAACCCACACUCUUUGCGACGACGAUCAAAGGCAACGUCUUCCACGGCCUCACCGGCACCCCAUACGAGCACGCCUCUGAAGAAGAGAAGUUCAAGCUCGUCAAAGAGGCGUGUAUCAAGUCGAAUGCCGAUGGUUUCAUCACCAAGCUGCCGGAAGGGUACGAUACCAUGGUCGGCGAACGUGGGUUUUUGUUAUCAGGUGGGCAGAAGCAGCGUAUAGCCAUCGCUCGUGCCAUCGUCUCCGAUCCCCGCAUUCUCCUUCUUGACGAGGCGACCAGUGCGCUUGAUACGCGAUCCGAGGGCAUUGUGCAGGAUGCAUUGGACAAGGCUGCGGCUGGUCGCACGACUAUCACCAUCGCUCACCGACUCUCGACGAUCAAAGAUGCGGACAGGAUUUUUGUCAUGGGAGACGGUCUCGUUUUGGAGCAGGGCUCCCAUGGUGAGCUAUUGGCCGAUGAGAACGGCGCGUACGCGCGCCUUGUCCAGGCACAAAAGCUGCGCGAGUCGCGUGAAGGCCAGGACCUCGAGAGUACGGCCACAGUUAAUGGCGAAGAAGAUAUGGAGAAGGCCGCUCUGGAAGAGAUUCCGCUUGGUCGCCAGAACACUAAUCGUUCGGUUACCAGCGAUAUUGUAAACAAACGCAACGAGGAGAAAGUGAAGGCUCAGACUAAUGAAGACGAAUACGGUCUAUUCUACUUGUUCAAACGUGUGGGAGCUCUUAACAAGGAAGGACGGUACCGCUAUGCGAUCGGUGCUAUCUUUGCUAUAUGUACUGGCGCUGUUUAUCCGGCAUUUGGUAUCGUGUAUGGCCAAGCAAUUACUGGAUUCUCUGCGCCCACGAAUGCUCAGAGACGUCUAGAUGGCGAUCGCAAUGCCCUAUGGUUCUUCCUUAUCGCCAUCUUGUCUGCAAUAAGCAUCGGCUUCCAAAACUAUUACUUUGCAUCCUCUGCAGCAAUUCUGACGGCUAAAUUACGGUCACUCUCCUUCAAGGCCAUCCUUCGCCAAGACAUUGAAUACUUUGACAAGGAUGAGAACAGCACUGGUGCACUGACGUCGAAUCUGAGCGAGAACCCGCAGAAAAUAAAUGGUCUCGCUGGUGUCACUCUCGGAGCAAUCUUGCAGGCAAUCGUCACAGUGAUCGCCGGGUCGGUGAUUGGUUUGUCCUAUGCAUGGAAGCCAGCUUUGGUCGGAAUGGCAUGUAUCCCAGUGCUUAUAUCCACAGGUUACAUUCGUUUGCGAGUGGUUGUCAUGAAGGACCAGCAUAACAAGGCAGCGCAUGAGUCAUCGGCGCAGCUUGCUUGCGAGGCUGCCUCAGCCAUCCGCACAGUCGCAUCGCUGACGCGCGAGGAAGACUGCCUACAGCUCUACAGCUCCAGUCUAGAAGAGCCCUUGCGCAGAUCGAAUCGCACGGGAUUGUGGAGCGCCAUGUUUUUUGCCCUUUCUCAAGCCAUUUCCUUCUUCGUCAUCUCAUUGAUUUUCUGGUACGGCUCGAUCCUCGUCUCAGAGCUUCAAAUUUCUGUCACGAAUUUCUUCAUUGCGCUCAUGAGCACAACGUUUGGAGCAAUGCAAGCAGGCAAUGUAUUCGCCUUUGUACCGGAUGUCUCGUCCGCCAAGGGUGCUGGUGCCGCAAUCAUCAAACUCAUCGAUUCAACCCCAGAGAUUGAUGCCGAGUCGACUGAAGGGAAGAGUAUAUCCGGAAAAACCGUCAAGGGCCAAAUUCGCUUUGAGAACGUUCAUUUCCGCUACCCCACUCGCCCUGGUGUCCGUGUCCUCCGCGGCCUGGAGUUCAAAGUUGAGCCAGGUACAUAUGUCGCUUUGGUCGGUGCCAGUGGAUGCGGUAAAAGUACAGUUAUCCAGUUGAUCGAGCGAUUCUACGAUCCGUUGUUUGGUCAGGUUCUGCUCGACGACGAACCUAUCAACGAGUUCAACAUUCAGGAAUACAGAAAGCAGCUUGCCCUUGUGUCCCAAGAACCAACGCUCUACGCUGGUACCAUUCGCUUCAACAUUUUGUUGGGUGCCAUCAAGCCAGAGUCUGAGGUGACCCAAGAGGAAAUCGAAGCUGCAUGCCGCAAUGCCAAUGUUCUGGACUUUAUCAAAUCACUUCCCAACGGCUUUGACACUGAGGUCGGCGGGAAAGGGUCGCAGCUUUCCGGUGGUCAGAAGCAGCGCAUUGCAAUAGCCCGUGCCCUACUCCGCAACCCGAAGGUUCUUCUGCUAGACGAAGCCACUUCGGCGUUAGAUUCGACUUCUGAGAAGGUCGUACAGGCGGCUCUUGAUCAAGCCGCAAAGGGUCGCACGACGAUAGCAAUCGCACAUCGUCUCUCGACGAUCCAGAAUGCUGACUGCAUAUACUUUAUCAAGGAAGGCCGUGUCAGUGAAGCUGGCACUCAUGACGAGCUCCUUUCACUAAAGGGCGACUACUACGAAUAUGUCCAACUGCAAGCAUUAAGCAAGAAAUAGGACGUUUACUCAUAGAAUACCCUUACACACAUUACGAUUUUUCAGUCGUUACGCUAUUCUCAUCUCUGACGGAUAUCAACUCUAUAAUAAUGGAUACACCGAUUGCGAGUAGUUAAUAAAUUACAGCUGUUUGCAAUACAUGAUGACAGUUGUCGUUUGUUCGUUCA